AACAAGGAGGACCCGACGUACACGGUGCGGUACCUGGGGAACGCCGUCACCCUGCACGCCAAGGGCGAGGGUUGCACCGAGGAAGCUGUGGGUAAAAUCUGGGCUAAAAGCGAUGCUGGAGCCAGUGGGGUCAAGAUGAAGCUGACGUUAGGACCUCAAGGUAUCCGUAUGACCCCCUGCGAGAAGGGAACCCGCCGGCCGGGCCACGCGUACCUCCUGCACCGCAUCACCUACUGCGCCGCAGAUCGUCGGCACCCCAAGGUCUUCGCUUGGGUUUAUCGUCACCAAGUGAAGAACAAGGCGGUGGUGCUGCGCUGUCACGCCGUCCUGGUCUCCAAAGCUGACAAGGCACGUGCCAUGGCCUUGCUGCUCUACCAGACCUCCUCCUCCGCCUUCAACGAGUUCAAACGUCUCAAGAGGCAGAACGAUUUCCGCCACGUCCAACAGCAACUCCGGGGUGAAGCCAUCGUCCCCUUGGUGCCACUUCGUAGGCUGCUCAACGCCAAGUGUCCCUACCGCCCACCUGCCGAGAGGGCCCGCUGUGCCCCCCGCCUCAGCUCCAUCCUGGAGGAGGAGGAGGAAGAGGCCUUCAGCACCGCAGCACCCUGCGGGGAUGAUGCUCCCACCAUGCUGGGGCUGGCCAGGGAGAUGCGGGGGUGCAGCCUGCGUGGCCCCCGGCCCCCCAUGUGCUGA